GGAUGCCUAUCCGCCCAAGAUGUACUGCUACUCGAGGAUUCUUAGAUUUUUACUCAUAUCCACUGUAUUUUGUGUUGGAUUGUGCUCCGAAGAUGAGGAGCGACUGGUUCGAGAUUUGUUUAGAGGGUAUAAUAAACUCAUCAGGCCCGUCCAAAACAUGACAGAGAAGGUUCAUGUACGCUUCGGUCUUGCAUUUGUUCAACUCAUCAAUGUAAACGAAAAGAACCAGAUCAUGAAAUCGAAUGUGUGGCUGCGCUUUGUUUGGACGGACUAUCAGCUCCAGUGGGACGAGGCAGAUUACGGUGGCAUUGGAGUACUCCGUUUACCCCCUGACAAAGUUUGGAAGCCCGACAUUGUCCUCUUUAACAACGCGGACGGAAACUACGAAGUUCGCUACAAGAGUAAUGUUCUUAUUUACCCGAACGGUGAAGUGCUCUGGGUGCCCCCAGCUAUUUACCAGAGUUCCUGCACAAUUGACGUUACGUACUUCCCAUUCGACCAGCAGACCUGCAUCAUGAAAUUCGGCUCAUGGACAUUCAACGGAGAUCAAGUAUCAUUGGCCCUGUACAACGACAAGAAUUUUGUCGAUUUAUCUGACUACUGGAAAAGCGGUACCUGGGACAUCAUCAGCGUACCAGCAUAUCUCAACACUUACCAGACCCCCGAGCUCCCCACGGAGACAGACAUUACGUUCUACAUAAUAAUUCGCCGAAAGACUCUCUUCUACACCGUCAACUUGAUCCUCCCAACAGUUCUCAUCUCCUUCCUUUGCGUCCUUGUAUUUUACCUUCCAGCAGAGGCCGGCGAGAAAGUCACACUCGGCAUCAGUAUUCUCCUGUCACUCGUCGUGUUUCUUCUUCUAGUCAGUAAAAUUCUACCACCCACCUCCCUCGUACUUCCCCUCAUCGCCAAGUACCUUCUCUUCACUUUCAUCAUGAAUACCGUGAGUAUUCUUGUGACUGUUGUCAUCAUCAACUGGAAUUUCCGAGGCCCCAGGACCCACAGGAUGCCCCAGAUCAUUCGGAAAAUCUUCCUUAAGGUAUUGCCCACAUUGCUUCUCAUGCGCAGACCAAAGAAAACCAGACUGAGGUGGAUGAUGGAGAUUCCCAAUGUGACACUACCAGCGUCAACUUACUCUGGGAGCCCAACGGAAUUGCCAAAGCACCUGCCAGGCUCCAUAGCAAAAUCAAAAAUGGAAAUUAUGGAGCUGUCUGAUCUGCAUCAUCCCAACUGCAAGAUUAAUCGCAAGGUUCAUCACACCACCAGCACAUCCAGCACUGCUGGAGGAGGAAAUGAGGGAAUUGGGGAUCGCAGGGGCUCCGAGAGCUCGGACUCGGUUCUUCUCAGUCCGGAGGCUACGAAAGCUACUGAAGCCGUCGAAUUCAUAGCUGAACAUCUUAGAAAUGAAGAUUUGUAUAUUCAGACUCGAGAAGACUGGAAGUACGUGGCCAUGGUGAUUGAUCGUCUUCAGCUCUACAUAUUCUUCAUAGUGACAACAGCUGGUACAAUUGGCAUUCUGAUGGAUGCACCGCACAUUUUCGAAUACGUCGACCAAGACCGUAUUAUUGAAAUCUAUCGUGGGAAGUAAUGAGUAAUCCGCCUAUUGAAAUUAUCCCCAUUGGAUGAAUUCUUCAGCUCAGCAUCCAACUUCCAACUGUACAAUUGAUUUUUUUUUUAAGUUUCUAUGGAAAGUACCAUUUAAUCAAGACGAAUUGAACUUCCACGGGUGAACAAACAAGAGGCGUGAGGAGAUGCUUUCAAUUCCAAUCUUGUCAUGUGUUCUCCUAUUAGAGAGAUACAGGGAUUUGGAAAAUUGAUGAGGAAUAGUCGAUAGAGAGAUAAAUAAUAAUGAAAUGGUAAAUGUAGACACAUUAUAAUGAUCAUCAUAAGUGGAGGACCUCGUAAAACAAUCACGCGUAAUUAAUUUUCCAUGGUAAAUGAAACAAAGUCCCGCUCUCCUUUUGACAGUUUCCGAAAAGUCUUCCUUACGAAUAAAUACAAUAAUUAGAUAUUCACUAGUGAGAUGUAAGUAAAUUCUCGAAGUGACGUAUUUAGUAAACUUUGUUACGAUUGUUCUACCGGAUGCUGAACAAUUUUAUGUAAUCACCUCAAUUCGUAUAAAUUGCCAUGUGAUUGUCAUUGGAAAUUUUUUAGCUGAUACAUAGGUGUAAUCAGGGUAAUGCUCAAUAUUGAAACUAAAGGAUGAUAAAUACAAUCUUCAAAUAGACCAGACUCAAUCCUAAGAAUAAUCUCUACAUCUGAUGUUUCAUGGAGGCGUAAAGAGGAGUUCAUUGCUUUCUAGGAAAUCUAAUGUUUGUGCUGGCCUUGUUUUUCUGGAUUAAUGAAAAAUUGUUCCAGCACGAACAUUCGAGUCUAUUUAUUCCCAUCGUACGCAUACGUCAACUGCCUUCUCAUUCAUUACGACACCAUCUAUCUAUUUGUAUUACUGAAUCGUUUUUCUUUAGUCAUUAUUCGAAAUUUGUGAAUAAGCAUGCCAUGUCUUUAAUAAACUCAUUACGGAAAACUGA